UACAGAACCGGAGUGUUUUCCUCGUAGCUAUGUUGGUGUCAUACCCUUCCUUUGGAUACGCGGUUAAAUUAAUCGGCUGAAUUCUUCACUUAACUAAACCACAUAUAUAUAUAAUCCUUUUUUUAAUAGACGUGCGUACACAAAACGCGAAUUGCUUUUUUUGUGUACUGUAUACUCUAUACUUGGUUUGAUUGAUUGUUAUUGGGUUUCAUCGAGCUUUAAUAAUAGUUUAGUAUUCACGGUCGUUUACUUAUUCUGUUGUUCUUUCUUUUAGCUUUUGUUUACUACUUAGAAAUACCGUAAGAUUACAAUGUCUUUGCAUGAUGCUUACCACUGGCCUUCUCGUACUCCCUCUCGUAAGGGAUCUGCGAUUAAGCUCAACAAGACAUUGCUAGACCACUUGAAUGAGUUGGAGUCUCAAUUCACCGUCUCAACCGAUCUUUUGAAGCGCGUCACUGAACGCUUCGUUUCUGAGUUGAAGCGUGGUUUGACUAAUCAACCAGGUGAUAUUCCCAUGGUACCUACCUGGGUUACUAGCUGUCCUGAUGGCUCAGAAACUGGUUCUUACUUGGCCCUCGAUAUGGGAGGUACAAACUUACGUGUUUGCGAGGUUGAAGUUCAAGGGAACGGCAAAUUCGACAUCAUCCAAAACAAGUACCGUUUGCCCCAAGCAUUGAAGACUGGUACUCGUGAAGAGCUCUUUGACUAUAUUGCUACCUGUGUCAAAAAGUUUGUCGACGAAAAUCACCCUGGAGGCGACAAAAAAUUGGAAAUUGGCUUCACUUUUUCCUACCCUUGCAAGCAAACAUCAAUUGACGAUGCAAUAUUGAUUGCUUGGACCAAGGGAUUUGAUAUUGACGGUGUUGAGGGUGAAAAAAUUGUCCCUUUGUUUAACGAAGCUUUAAAGCGUGUUGGAUGCAACAAUGUAACUUUGAACGCCGUCUUGAAUGAUACCACUGGUACUCUCGUUGCUUCUAAUUACACAAAACCAGGUACCGAAAUUGGUGUCAUUUUUGGUACCGGCUGCAAUGCUUGUUAUAUUGAACGCUUCGAUGAAAUUCCCAAGCUUCACGACUAUCGUUUGCCUGCUGACAUGUCCAUGAUUAUCAACUGCGAAUGGUGCGACUUUGACAACCAGCAUGUUGUCCUACCUCGUACCAAGUACGAUUUGGCUAUUGACGCCGACCACCCACGUCCUGGUUUGCAAACAUACGAAAAGAUGAUUGCAGGAUGUUACAUGGGGGAUAUCUUGCGCCGUAUUCUUUUGGAUUUGUACGAGAACGGCGUUUUAUUUAUUGGUCAAGAUGUGAGCAAGCUUCGUGACCCACUGGCCAUGGAUACCUCAGUAUUGAGUAUGAUUGAAGUGGAUCCUUUUGAAAACUUGGAUGAAACUCAACAGUUGCUUGAGAACUCCUACGGAUUAGCGACCACUGAAGAAGAGCGUCAUUUGAUCCGACGUGUCUGUGAAUUAAUCGGCACGCGCGCUGCUCGUUUAUCUGCCUGUGGUGUCUGUGCCCUUGUUCUCAAGACCAAGAAGCAAUCCAUGAUGGUUGGUACCGAUGGCAGUGUUUAUAACAAAUACCCUCACUUUAAGGAGCGUUUAGAAGCCGCCUUUAAGGAAGUUCUUGGCGAGGAUAUUGGCAGCAAGGUUAUUACGGCUCCUGCUGAAGACGGUAGUGGCGUUGGUGCAGCUUUGGUGAGUGCUCUUCAAGCUAAGGGGAAAGCUUUAACUAAGGAGGCAUUGGACAAGGUUAGAAAGUAAAGAGCAGAGAAAGCAUGCAAGUCCCUAGGAUACCUAAUAUCGUCAUACUUGAAGGCUAUCUUCUGUCAUUUGGUUUGCAACGUCCAUUAAUAGGUAGACGGAAGAUGAGAAAUUCAAAUGCCUAAGGGUUCGCUUGCGAGUUUUUUUAUUUAUUGAAAGAAAAAAUAAAAUAAAAAAAGAAAAAAAAGGUGAUAGACUUACUCUUCGCUUUAGGAAUCUAUUUUUAUAUAAUGGCCGACUAAGAUUUUGCGGGAGAAUUGAGCAUAAAUGCUUUUAGAAAUUAUAGACGUCUUUAAUUUUCUUUUGAAGGGACCCUUUUCGUUUUUUUUUAUCGUCGAUAUUCUUUGUAUUCGUCCAUAACCUAGAAUGAUUGCCUUUUAUUAAUAUAUUCCCAAGUGAUUUUGUAAUUGUUUGGAUCUUUCUAUGGAGCCAUAUCUUCGAUGAAUAAAGGAGAUGACGAUUUAGCCUAGAGAUUUUUUUUUAGAAGAAAUACCACUUAAAAAGUCGGUUUAACCUUUUUUAAAAGGGUAAUGAAACAACAAUCAAAACUGGAUGGAAAUCGGAGGACCUGGGUUAGCC